UUUGAAACCGGAAACCUUUAAUGAAUCGGAGUUCCUGGUUGAGAUUGAGAGCAGCUCAAAUGGGUUUGAUUGUGUGUGUAUGUUAAUGAGCUGUACUGUGUAGAUUUGAAAUAGAGUCAGUAAUAACAGAAUAUGAGUGUCCAUCACGAGUCGGAGCCUAAACUGUACCGCUACAGCAGGACGCUGUGCGGCGUCUUCACUCACGCGCUGUGCGCGCUGUUCACCGGCUUCAUCGCUGCGCUGAGCAGACCUGGAUCCAGUCUGUUCUCAUGGCAUCCGUUCCUCAUGACUCUCGCUUUCUCCUUCUUCAUGACCGAAGCCGUGCUGCUGUUCAACCCCUACUCGUCUCCCGUCAAGAAGCUGAAGCACAAAGCUAAAGGCCGCCUGCACUGGGUCCUGCAGGGUCUGUGUGUUUGCUGCGCGACCGCAGGGCUGGCCGCUAUCUUUUACAACAAACACCUCCACGACAAGCCGCACUUCAGCACAUGGCACGGGGCGGUCGGGGUGCUUACGGUCGCUGUCGUCGGGCUGCAGUCGCUCGGAGGACUUCCGCUCCUCUACCCCAAACUAGCCAGAGGCUGGUCGCUGGCCAAACUGAAGCGCUACCACGCCACCUCCGGUUUGCUGGCGUACCUGCUGGGCAGUUUGAGCUUGUUCCUCGGACUGUGCUCGGCAUGGUUCUGCGGCAGCGUGAGCGGGUCCGGCUGGUACCUGGCCGUGCUCUGUCCCGUUCUGAGCGCUCUGGUCAUUAUGAGUCAGGUCACGAACGCUUACAUGGCCCGCAAACCAAUGCAGUACUGAAACUGAACUUUAUCAGCUGGACCAGAAUUGCAAGUUACUGAGCUAAUUUUAUUGUUAAUUGUUUAAAUGUCCUUUUGCAGCUACUAUACCUAAAAACUAAAACAAAUAUAUAUUUUUGUAACCGUUUUAUAUUUUUGAAUGCAUUUCAUCAGUGUUCACUGCAUAUUUUUGGUGCCGAUAUCUUUGAAAAUGACUGAAGGCAACUCACUUUUUUUUUAAAUGGGAGGAUCAAAGAUUGCGUUUAUUAAAUUAUUUGAUAUUAUUUUGAUGUGUAUGCAUUUAUCAGUGCCAGGCUGCCCUUUUCUGUUCAAUUAAACAAUUGCAGAUCAUGAGAGAAAACAUUUAUGCAUUUUUUUGACUGAACGGGUUUAUAUUAUUAUUAAAAUAUGGUAAUAUCUUAAGCAGCAAAUGACAGAAAUCAUAGUUUUGUUUUUCUGUUGAAUUAAACAAUUGUAGAUCAUUAUGAAAACUGUUUUACUCAAACUUACAUGUUAAUAUUAUACAUUAAAACACAACUUGAAAAUAUUUUAGUAAUUUUAUACAAAUUAAAAUAUUAUAUUAAAAUAUUCAAUUGUAAGCAAGACGUAUUUAACCUUUGUUAAAAUGUGUAAAAUCUUUAUUUUCUGUGCUAUAACAUGCAGAUCACGUUUAAAAUGCCUAUUUUAUAUGAAUAAAUUAUU